AUGGAUGACGGACCCCUGCCCAGAGGCAUCAAAGUCUUCACCACCUGCCCAGAUCUGCUUUUCAGUUUAGAAUUUGUCUUUGGGGGCCUUGUGUGGAUCCUGAUCGCCUCGUCCCAGGUGCCCCUCCCCCUGCUCCAGGGCUGGGUGAUGUUCGCGUCUGUGUUCUGCUUCGUGGGCACCACUGCCCUGCUCUUUCUGUACCUAAUUGGUGCCCAUGGUGGUGAGACUUCCUGGGUCUCCCUGGACGCAGCCUACCACAGUGCUGCUGCCCUGUUUUACCUCAGCGCUGCCAUCCUGGAGGCUUUGGCCAUGAUUCUCAUGGAAGAUAAAGUCACGUAUGAACAUUACCUUGAAAACAUCUUUGCUGCGAUGUUUUCGUACAUAGCCGCUCUGCUGUACGUGGUCCAUGCGGUGUUUUCUGUAGUCAGAUGGAAGUGGCCUUCAGUGAACAACAGCUGA